AUGGCACCAGUACAACACCCGGGAGCGGUCCAUGCGGGAGGGGGUGCCCGUCGGGCCUGCGGGCUCUCGUACGCCUGCAAGUGGCCCCAUCCAUCCCAGUUCGCCAUCCCAUGCCCAUCCUCCCCCCGCUCCCAUUCCCGGCCCUAUAAAAAGCGGGAGGCGGCAGCCCCGGCCCACCCGCCAUGCGCCCGCCUCCGCCCCGCUCGGGCCCGGCAGGCCUCACCAUCGCAUGCGCUGCUUGGACGCUCCUCGCCCCCCCCGGCACCGCGGCCACAGCCCCCUCCGCUACCACCGACCCCUCCCGCUACCACCGACCCCUUCCGCUACCACCGACCCCUCCGCUACACCGAACCCAUCCGCUGCCCGCAUUGGGGGCACUCCAGGGCCCGCAUCUGCGCUGCGUGCUGCGGACCCCCGCCCGCCUGGCUGCUCGUCCUCGGAGCCACAGGCUUCCUGCUCUCCAAGUGCUGCUUCCCCAUCUUUAAAACCAAGGCUGGCAAAGCCAAGCGGGUGCGCACCAUCUUCACCAGUGACCAGCUGGCGCGGCUGGAGAAGGAGUUUGCCCGGCAGCAAUACAUGGUGGGCACGGAGAGGUGCUUGCUUGCCUCUGCAUUGCAUCUCACCGAGGAGCAGGUGAAAGUCUGGUUCCAAAACCGAAGGAUCAAAUGGAGGAAACAAAGCCUGGAGCAGCAGCAAGCCAAGCUGGCCAAGAUGGGCGAGCACCCCACAGAGGAGCCCUGACUCCCAAAGCCACCGUGGUGAUGAGGACAAGGACUGCCCUAUGGGGGCUGAGGACCAACAGGAGGACACGAGCUCAACCCUGGGCUCAGGGGCUUCACCUUC